UACACUUGUUUUAAAUAUUUUAUUUGCUUGAAAAUAUUAUUCUGGUAAAUAGAUUGUUUAGCUUUGAAAGUUUGAAUUCUUUAAAUGGGGAAGACUUAAGAAUCUACACAGUUGUGUGUGAGCUCAGGAAAGGUUACAGGUAUGUGUUUGGUGUGUGUGUGUGUGUGUGUGUAAGGGGGUGGGGAUGAAGGGACGAGUCACUGUACAAGAAACCUCUUAUGUGUUACAGGGUUACCAGGACACACCGUGGAGCUGAGGCAGGAAAAAUUAGACAAGAGAAGAGAAGAAAAGGGAAAUGGACCCAAACCACCGACUAAACUGACAAUCGUCACGAAAAUGCCAGCUAACGGGACGCCGUUUUUUUUCAACCAGGACAACAACCCAAAAGGUCAUUAUCGAUGGUAUCCGUUUAUCAAAUUUUCCGGUGGAUUUUCGCAGGUGAUCUGAGCAAGUGUCCCACCAGAGUGCGUUUGAAAAGAGUGCGUGUCUACGAAAUGGAUCAUUUAUUCCGGCGCAACAGAGUUUUAAAGACCUUGCUGAGUUUAACUUUAGUGUUUGCGACUUUGUUAAUGAUCCAGAAGUUUAUGGUGGUGAACAUUCGGAUGAAGGACUUACCCUCGGAUCUAAAAAGUAACGGCUGCUCUUCCCUGCAAUGCAAGAACAAGAGCGCGCUUGGAAACGCGUCGGCUCCGGUCAGGCAGCGCGCGCCGGCUGCGUGGAACAUCACCGCGAUCCACUGCGCUGCGGACGACGGCCUGCGGACUCAGAAAUGGUUUCAGACUCUGGACUCCAGGUUCCACCAGUUCGUCCUGCACAGACACUGUAGAUAUUUCCCCAUGCUCAUUAACCACCCCGAGAAGUGCGCUGGGGACGUGGACCUGCUCAUCGUGGUGAAGUCGGUUAUAGAGCAGCACGACCGCCGCGAGGCUGUACGUCUCACCUGGGGCAAAGAGCACACCGUCAGCGGGAAAAGAAUAAAAACCCUCUUCCUCUUAGGUACCCCCUCUCCCGAAAAGGACUCCAAAAACCUACAGAAACUGGUGCAAUACGAGGACAGGCUCUAUGGAGAUAUCCUGCAAUGGGACUUCAUGGAUACUUUUUUCAACCUCACAUUAAAAGAGGUCAAUUUUCUGAGAUGGUUUAACCUCUUCUGCACAAACGUUCCUUUCAUUUUCAAAGGGGACGAUGAUGUCUUCGUCAACCCAGUUAACCUGGUGGACCUGAUAGACUUCCGAACAGAGGAGGGCAAAGUGAGUGACCUAUUUGUUGGGGAUACCAUUUCAAAAGCAAUACCCAUUAGAAAUCGUCAAAGUAAGUACUAUAUACCCAAAGAGCUAUUUGACGCGCCAUAUCCACCCUACGUAGGUGGUGGAGGGUUUCUUAUGUCCUCUCAGUUGGCACGUAGAUUUUAUUCCGUCUCUGAGAGUGUGACACUUUUCCCAAUCGAUGAUGUCUUCCUGGGCAUAUGCCUUCAAAAGUUAGGGCUGGCACCUGAAAGGCACCCAGGGUUUAAAACAUUUGGGAUCGUUAAACGCAAGGUGAGCCCGAUGAACAGCGACCCAUGUUUCUACCGCCAUCUCAUUGUGGUGCACAAGUUGAGCCCAGAAGAACUGCUGAAGAUGUGGGACACUGUGUACAACAAGAAACUCACUUGUGCCAGAAAAGGUGUGGACUAGAGUUUGUGUGAUCUGUGAAAACCCUGAGCACUAGUCAACAGCUUUGUGUUUUUGUGCUUUGUUUAAUCAUUAUUCAUGCUUUAAUAUCAUUUGGAUCAAAAGGUUAAUUUUUGUGAACUAGGUGAAAUCAUGGUUCAAUAAAAUAUAAGAAAAGGGAGAAGUAGAACAAGAACAAUAAUCUAAAAAAACUAAAGCUAGUUUUCAGCAACUAAGACACUUUACAUGCAAAAAAAUGCAGAUGUAUAUGUAUAAAAAACAACUAACUAAUCGGUAGUCUGAUCAUUUGCACAUGUGUAUGUUAAACUGGAGAUCCAUAUAAUUGGAAGUGCAAAGCGGGAGGUUUAUUUACAGCAGAAAACCAAAGAAGUGCCCUAAAGCUUCUAGAUGGAGGAUAUGUGUGGAUGUCAAACAAUAAUUAUGCUUUACUGCAUAAAGUGCGGGCUAGCUGUUUUUCCAGAAAAAAAGAAAACAUAACAGCCACUUUGUUCUUCUGCCCUGAGCCAUAUUUUACAACAAUGUUUAAACAUAAUAUAAAGACGAUAAGAAUAUAUUGUUCUUUGAAACAUAACACGGAUGUAUUUAUUUUUAGUUUUUUUCUGUUUAUGUUGAUGUAAGGACAAGUGUUUAGAAAACAGAGGCUGAAUAACAUGCAAAAAGCGAAGCUCUGCAUCUAAACUGUGGCCAGUAAAGAGCAAAUGAACUGCAUGACAUAUUCCAUGUAGAAAAUGUGCAUGAAAUGGAAAAAAAACACAAUGGAAAAAAAGUAGAAAUAUAUUUGUCAUACAUUCAUAAUUAAACUUAAUAAGUGUUCUUUUUAAUCAGCUACAUUUGAAUCUAUGAAAUGUCAUCCUGCAAUAAUAAGGGUUAAUCCAUUUUCAUCUGAAUGGUCCUUAUUUAA